AUGAGUGACAUCUACGAGUCGGCGGCCAACUCUCUGGGUUUGUUCAGCAGUCCCUGUCUGACCAAAGUGGAGCUCAGACUCACCUGCAAAGGGAUCUCAGACCGAGACGCUCUGUCCAAACCCGACCCCUGCGUCGUCCUCAAGAUGCAGUCCCACGGACAGUGGAUGGAGGUGGACCGGACGGAGGUGAUUCGCAGCUGUGUAAACCCCACCUACUCCAAGGUCUUCACGUUGGACUUUUAUUUUGAAGAGGUGCAGCGUCUGCGUCUGGAGCUGUACGACAUCAACAGCAGCCACAACGGCCUGAAGGAGGCCGACUUCCUGGGCUCGGUGGAGUGCACGCUGGGACAGAUCAUCUCUCAGAGGAAACUGUCCAAAGCUCUGCUCAGACCAGGAGGCACGGUGGGGAAAGCCAUCGUCACGAUCACAGCAGAGGAGCUGACGGGGAACGACGACUACAUCGAGCUGUCGUUCAGCGCCAGGAAACUGGACGACAAGGACUUUUUCAGUAAAUCCGACCCGUUUCUGGAGAUCUACAGGCUGAAUGAUGACGCCACGCUGCAGCUCGUCUACAGAACUGAGACCGUGAUGAAUAAUCUGAAUCCGGUGUGGAAAACCUUCAAAGUUUCUCUCAACUCGCUCUGCAGCGGAGACCACGAACGCAAGCUGCAGUGCACCGUGUGGGACUGGGACUCAAACGGGAAACACGACUACAUCGGCGAGUUCGAGGCCACGUUCAAAGAGAUGAGAGGCGCCAUCGAUGGACGACAGGUGCAGUGGCCGUGCAUAAAUCCCAAAUACAAAACAAAGAAGAAGAACUACAAGAACUCUGGGAUCGUCAUUCUGAACCAGUGCAAGAUCAUCAAGAUGCACUCCUUCCUGGAUUACAUCAUGGGCGGCUGUCAGAUCCAGUUUACAGUAGCCAUCGACUUCACGGCUUCUAACGGAGAUCCUCGUAACAGCUGCUCGCUGCACUACAUCCACCCGUACCAGCCCAACGAGUACCUGAAGGCCCUGGUGGCCGUGGGGGAGAUCUGCCAGGACUACGACAGUGACAAAAUGUUUCCUGCGUUCGGCUUUGGAGCUCAGAUCCCUCCUGACUACAAGGUCUCCCAUGAUUUUGCGGUGAAUUUUAACGAGGAGAACCCAGAGUGUGCAGGUAUCCAGGGCGUGGUGGAGGCCUACCAGGCCUGCCUCCCCAAGCUGCAGCUCUACGGUCCCACCAACAUCGCCCCCAUCAUCCAGAAAGUCGCCAACUCCGCCUCGCAGGAGGUCCACACCAAAGAGGCCAUGCAAUACUUCAUCCUGCUGAUUCUGACAGACGGCGUCAUCACAGACAUGGCUGACACGAGGGAGGCCAUCGUCCAAGCCUCUCACCUCCCGAUGUCUGUCAUCAUCGUCGGGAUUGGGAAUGCAGACUUCAGUGACAUGCAGAUGUUGGACGGCGAUGACGGGAUCCUGCGAUCGCCUAAAGGAGAGCCUGUCCUCCGGGACAUCGUCCAGUUCGUCCCCUUUCGGAACUUCAAACAUGCGUCUCCAGCUGCUUUGGCUAAGAGCGUCUUAGCAGAGGUGCCCAACCAGGUGGUUGACUACUACAACAGCAAGGGCAUCAAGCCCAAAGUGCCCAGCGAGUACCAGUCUUCCAGGCCGUUCGGCCCCUGAGUGCCACCACUACAGGUGCUCCUGGACAGCAC